AUGCCCGUGACAUCAUCACCAUCGUCAUCAUCAUCAUCACCAUCAUCAUCAUCACCAUCACCAUCGUCAUCAUCAUCAUCACCAUCACCAUCAUCAUCAUCAUCAUCAUCACCAUCAUCAUCAUCAUCAUCAUCAUCAUCAUCACCAUCAUCAUCACCAUCAUCAUCAUCAUCAUCAUCACCAUCGCUUGACGCCCCCCGGCCCGGCCUGGGCGAGCUGGGCGUGCUCUCCCUGAUCGCGGAAGCCCUCGGUCCGGGUGUGUGGCGGAACACGAUGGCCGUACUCACGCACGCACAUGCGGCACGCGCCGCCUUUGGAGGCCAGUACGACAUCAACAGCCGGCAGCGCCGUAAUAUCAUUACGCAGCUGCUUCGGCAGGUCGCUGGUGACCAGCAAAGCCGCAACCCGGUGUUCCUGGUGGACUGCCACCCCUCCUGCCCCACCAACUCCCUGGGACAGCAGGUCAUCCAGGAGGGGCCCUCUGCCGUACCGUGGAAACAACAACUGCUGGGCCAGACUGUGGGUUACAAGUCGUACAACGCCGCCGCGGCCGUGUUCAAAGAGCUGGCCAAGUCCAAGGCGGGCAAGAGCGCCGCGGCGGGGGGAGCUCGUGGACCGCAAGACAUCUUCAAGCAGCUGAUGCGCAGUCGUCUGCCGCCCAUGACCUUCUUCGUGGAGCAGAUGACGGAGGGGGUCCUGAAACCGGAGGGUUGGGCUACGAUGGAGUCGGUGGCGGGUUUGGGCGACGAGGUCACGGAAGACGAGGAGGCGGAGAGCUUUGGACACAUGUACUACCAGCACAUGUACGACCUGGCCAUGUCGGGUGACCCGUGGGCUCAGCGGGAGUACGCCGCCAUGCUGCGGUCGUACGACAAGGCUCAGGAGACCUUCAAGGCGUCGUACGAGGAGGCUGACCUGGACCACGCGAUUGAGUACGGCAUUGAGUCGUACGUCGUGGAUCCCAUUGACUUUGGUCCUUCCUUUGACCCGGAGGACUUGUACAGCUACCGCCACGCGUACGCCGAGGCGGCGGACUCGGCCAUCACUGUCAUCCCCUCCCAGGAUUAUUACGGUCCGGAGCACGAGGACCCGCUAAACGGCUUUGUAAUGCAGUACGAGUCUCAGCCGUUUGCUCGCCACGGCUGGGGGGGGGUUCCCUUCGACUUGUCGGUGUGCGUGGAGAAGGAUAAGACCAGUUUGUGUCUCCAGGGGGAGACCCACCUGACUGUCGUACAUUCCGUACCGCCCUUUGGACCUCGGCAAGUCACACAGCUGACAGGCAGCUGGGAGAUGCUCCGACCCAACAUCAAGGAUGUCAUGUACCAACUGGAGGUUGACACGUUCAAGGACGGGUUGCUGGGCCGCAACGACCACGCGGGGUGCGGCAUGAUGCUGGCCAGGUUGGGUGAGGGUGGUAAUCCCCGCAAGGGCCCGGUGGCGGUGGGUGUGCGGGUGCAGGACACCUUUCGAUUGGGGGCCUUCAAGGUGGAGGCGUGCGCCAGCAAGGUGGCGGUGCAGGGCCCUACCGGUGGAAAAGAGGAGGGCUGGGGUGCUCGAGCCUUCGUGAUGUACGACUGGCUGCCGGGCGUGGGUAUAGCUCUGGAUGCCAUCCAGGAGAAGGGCUCGGAGGAGUCGGGGAAGCGGCAGCGUGGGUACGGCAUCAACGUCACGUACGACUGGGAAAUGUUGGGCGCGGCGUUUGGCGCCGAGCCCUUAGUGUUCGAUUCCAGGGAGACGUUGGGGAGUGUAUGGGCCCGGCUGCGGGCCGCGGGCGGCGGCGCGGGGCAGGAGGAGGAGGCGGGCGAGGAGGAGGCGGGCGAGGAGGAGUACGACGAGGAGGACGAGGACGAGGGUGUUGCAGCGAUGAUGGCCCAGGCUGCUGACAUGUAG